CGCUCCGUCCGACCCGCCCGCCCGCCCGCCCGCAGCUCCGGGACCAUGGGGCAUUAGCGGAGGAGGAAGCAUGCUGGCCGUCUGCUGCGCGCUGCUGACCGCCCUGCUUGCCGCGCCGGGGGCGGCUCUGGCCCAAGGGGGCUGCCCCGCGCUGGAGGUGGCGAGCGAUGUGCUGACCCGCCUGCCUGGGGCCAGCGUUGUCCUGACCUGCCCGGGCGGGGAACCAGGAGACAAUGUCACCUUUCACUGGAUGCUCAGGAGUCGGGUCAUCGGGGGCCCAGGCUCACACCGCGACAGAUGGACUGUCGUGGGAAGGCGGCUGGUUCUGAGUUCCGUGCAGCUCAGCGACUCUGGAAACUAUUCGUGCUACCAGGACGGCCGCCUAGUUGGAACUGUGUGUUUGCUGGUGGAUGUUCCUCCCGAGCAGCCCCAGCUCUCCUGCUCACGGAAGAGCCCCCUCAGCAAUGUUGGCUGUGAGUGGAGUCCUCAGAGGCCCCCCUCCCCGACGACCAAGGCCGUGUUACUGGUGAAGAAGUUUCAGAACAGUCCAGUGGAAAACUUCCAGGAGCCGUGCCUGUAUUCUCAGGAGUCCCAGAAGUUCUCCUGCCAGUUGGCCGUCCCAGAGGGAGACAACUCUUUCUACAUAGUGUCCCUGUGCGUCGCCAACAGCGCUGGGAGCGAGUCCAGCAGAUCCCAAACAUUUGAGGGUUACGGAAUCUUGCAACCCGAUCCACCUGUCAACAUCACGGUCACCGCUGUGGACGGAAACCCCCGCUGGCUCAGUGUCACCUGGCAAGACCCCCCCUCCUGGAACUCAUAUUUCUACAGGCUACAUUUUGAGCUCCGAUACCGGGCUGAACGGUCAAAGACAUUCACAAUGUGGAUGGUCAAGGAGCUCCAGCAUCACUGCAUCAUCCGCGACGCCUGGAGAGGCAUGAGGCAUGUGGUGCAGCUUCGGGCCCAGGAGGAGUUUGGGCAUGGCCUGUGGAGCGAGUGGAGCCAGGAAGUCAUGGGCACCCCUUGGACAGGUGGACUGAACCUGGCUUGGCACUUUUGCAUGUGUGUCCUCCCGUCCUCAUGCCGUGUCUUCAUGUGGUCAUCUCCGUUCUUCCUUCCACGCUCAUCUUCACAUCACCUCCUCCCACAUCCUCCCUGCCUGACCUCUGUACCUAGCUCAGAGGUGCCUAUACCAUGGGACGUCACAGAACCCAGGAGCCCUGAAGUUGAGACUGAGGUGUCCCCGUCCACACAGGCAUCUACUACUAAUGAAGACAAUGAAAAUACUCUGUUUAAAGAUUCUGCAAAUGCAACAAGCCUCCCAGUGCAAGAUUCUUCUUUGACAUCACUGCCCACAUUCCUGGUGGCUGGAGGAAGCCUGGCCUUUGGAACGCUCCUCUGCAUUGGCAUUGUCCUGAGGUUCAAGAGGACGUGGAAGCUGCAGGCUCUGAAAGAAGGCAAGACGGGCAUGCAUCCGCCGUAUUCCUUGGGACAGCUGGUCCCUGAGAGGCCCAAGCCCACCCCAGUGCUUGUUCCCCUCAUCUCCCCGCCAGUGUCCCCCAGCAGCCCCGAGUCUGACAACACCCCGAGGCACAGCCGACCAGAUGCCAGGGGCCCACAGAGCCCCUAUGACAUCAGCAACAGAGACUACUUCUUCCCCAGAUAGCUGGCUGGGUGGCACCUGGCAGGUUGUGGUGUCAGACCUGCUGAACUGUGUGGAUGACGAAACAAAAGCUGGCUUUAGCAAAAGAUGCUUCUCACUGCCAUUCCAGCUCAUCUCAGGUGCGUGGGGCCUCUGGCUUCACAGUUACAGGAGGGCCUCACAGAAGGUUCUACGCUGGGUAAAAAUAGGUUUGCUGCAUCUGUUCAGAAGGAAGAGGUGGCUGAGUGUUGGAAAUACCCUUCCCCAAAUGGCCUGCUUACAGCGGUUAGGGUGAACUCAGGCCCUGUGAACGGAGUGGUGUCAGACUCUACUGGACGCUCAGGUAGAGCCGGGCGGCCGCAGACACCUUGGACUCCCCUGGCUUGGUGUGGAGAAGCCACUGGCCACCUGCACACCCCGACAGAUCUCUGCAAGCUGCACCCUCAGGCAGGUGGGAUGGAUUUCCAGCUAAGGACACCCCCCUCCCCCAGUCACCCGUCCCCUGGCCCACUGCACAGUCUCAAACUCUUGAAACCCACGUGCCUUCACAAUUCUGUCUUCUGGGCCUGAGGGCGGCUUUUCUUAAACCACGGAGGCCUGGGGGAAGCCCUCACCUGCCGUUCUUCCCCCCACCUGAAAACAGCGGAGAGGGAGGUGGAUGGUAUCUCAGGGCCUGAUGGUUUGAAAUGGAUUUAUGAUUAGUUCCUCAUUAGCGUUUUACUAACUGUGAAUGAUAAUCCUAGGCGCUUGCUGAAUCCAGCAGCAACUGCAUGGGCUCAGUUUCCUCCUUGGGAUCCCAGGACUUCAGGAGGAGAGAAGCAGGGAGGAGAGAGGAGAGUGGGGACAGGGUCCCACGUUGAUGGUAACGGAGCUGAGGGGGACGUGGCCUCUGCAAACCGGAGUUCUCCAUCCUCCCCCUCCCCUGCGCCCCGAAAGGAGGACUGGCUUUGGGAGGGGCCUCUGCCAGGGGUGAGAUCAAAAUUGUGUUCCUCCAGCUUUGUUUAUUUUGUUUCAACUGAGCCUGAGUAACUAGGGAAGAUAAUAUUUAUGUGAAAAGACAAAAGAACCCGGCAAGAAUGUAUUUUAAUCUGGUAUUUAAAAACUGCUGACUGUUUUAUCUCGAGAGGGUGGAAGAGCCAGUGUUAGCUGAGUGUCAGUAUAUAAAUAACUUGGGGGGAAAGCACAAUAACUUUGUUCAGCAGAAAACUGAGUCAAGUGAAAAAGGAGGAGAAAAAAAGAUUUUCCCCUAUUAGAGAAGAGGCUCUGGUUUCAUUCUAAAUUUUGUUUUUGUCUUAACAAGCGAAAAAGUAGUCUAUCUCUUCUCUAAUUUAGGGGAAAAGCAGCUUGUUACUACUCCCCCAGGCAGCUGUGAAGGAGACAGUGUCCAGCUCCUUGGCGUAAUGUGUAAUGUGGGGAAGCCAGCCUCCCACGAUCGCCAGCUGAAAAUCCCCACCGCUGAGAGCCGUGAGCCUUCCGUUAUCAGAGGGGGAUUCAUUAAAAAGAAACAACCCCUUACCUUGGUGCCUUCCUCUUUUGGUUAGUUCCUGGAAUUUGAUUCAAUUUAGCUGGUAUUGAAGCACCCGCUAAAUGUCUAGGCCUGACUCUCUGACUAACCAUUUCAGCUCACUUUUCUAUCCAGGCUUUGAAAAUUCAGUGAUGUUAGUGGUUACCCAAACAAGGACCUCAAGUAUCCUGGGGUGUCCCAGAAUGAAGCUGUGAUGAAAAUCAGUCGUGUAUCCACGGACUAAAAGUUUGCCAGACCACAAAACUUCUGUAGGUACCCUUUUAGAAAAACCACCACCAGCAGCAGACAGGUGGCAAAAAAGAUGAAAAUGAUCCUGUUUUAUUUACUUUUUGCCAGGUUCAAACUGUUACUAUCUUGGGCAAGUAGUGAUUUUCGUUGCUGGCUUUGUCUGUAGGUUUCAGACCCUGCGGCUGCUGCUUUCGGCAACUCAUCUUAAGUUGACAAAAGUCAGGCAGGUGGUUUUUCUUUAUUUCUGUAAAAUUUCUUUGAGAACAGCAAAAAUGCUGUUAAAGGGAAAUAUAAAAAAUGAGAAUCUGCAUGAGAAAGGGUGAUUCUGUGCCACGGUUCUUUAACUCUUUGCAAGUUUUUACCCACAUGUAAUAUUACCAAAGCCAGGCAGAGCCGAGCUAGCGGGAGAUGUGAAAUCAGAUAGCUCAUUAUUGCCGAGAGCUAGGCAGCUUUGAUCUCCAAUUGUUAUUGCUUUCAUUAUUAUUGUAACGGAACUGCUUUUUUUUUUUGUAGUGAAGAGGGUUUUUUUCCCUUUAUGUUUUUAUAAGCUAGUAUAAAUGAAGGAAAAGUAUUUGUCUUCUCUGGGUCGUAGGCCUUGCUCACUGUACACAGGGAAACACCCUAAGCUUUCUGUGUCCUCGAAUCUAUGGUCAGUGAACAUGUGUUUCAAGCCACGGGUCAUUCUUACCUGUGUUUCUGCAGCACACGUGCUGCCUUUUAUCCUCACCUGAUACAUCCAUGUAGCAAUCUGCCACGCAGCCGGAUGUGAGAUGUUGGGACAGUGAUAACUUCUGUUGAACAUGGCAGUUUAUCCUGCUGGGUGGGAAAAGUUGAAAAUAUGCUGGUUCAAGGUCUAGAGUCAAGUGGUCAUUAAUUCUUGUAGCAUUAAUGAAAUAUUUUUUUUAAAAAUGUCCAGGGGGUGGCAUUGAAUGUAUCUCCGAGAGCUCUUGGCUCUCAUGGAGCCUCGCCCCUGGGUUUGUUCACCAGACGCUGGGCUCACACUGGGUCUCCCCGGUUUCCGUGCUGUCCCGGAGGGAAGGAAACGCCAUUUCAAGGUGUGGAAUCUGCGGUGGGAGCCCACCUGUGCUGACUGGGAGUGGUCAUGGUUUGUGGGUUUCCUGCAGAAUGUUCAGGAAUGCCUCACCCAACUGCUUUGGUGCUAAGCCUCAUGGAAGGCAGUUAAGACUGACCCAGUUGGGGAGGAGUCGGACACGCAGCUUCAAGUGAAGUUGGUGAGAAAUUUAUCUUAAUUUGGAGAAGCAAGGCCAACCGGUGGCCCUUCGGAGCGUGAGCACUGAACCUGGCUUUCCCAGGCGGCAGCCGGCAGUGGGGCCAUUGUGGGGAGUUCGGGCCAGCUGGCUAGGGUUCUGUGCCAGACGCUCCUGAACGUCCCCUAAAGCUCCUUCCAGCAUCAUGUCCUCGGUGUGGCCUGGCGCCAGCCAGUUUCUAUGGCAACCUUAAUGAUUAUUAAGGAACAUUGUCAGUUUUAUAACAUAUGCUAAACAAAGAUCUACUUUAGAAGGAAAGGAUUGGAACAGCAUGUCGCAGGGCUGUUAAUUAAUGGAGAAACCAUAUUUGGAUGGAGAGCGCACAUCUGUUAAAUAGAAUACCUCAACUUUACAUUGUUGUUUUUUUUUUGUAGAGAAAUAAUAGUUUUUUGUUUUUAUUUUUUUACCUAAUUACCUGAAAGCAAAUCCCAAAGGCUGAUGUCUGUAUAUGGGGCGAAAGGGUCAGUAUGGUAUAUUUUUCAAUGUUUUUCUCUUUUUACCAGCUACUUUGCAUUUAAAGUGAAAAUUGUAAAUGUUUGAAAUAAAUACUUUCUAAAAAUACA